AGAGAAUAAUGCAAUGCGAAUGACUGAUUCUGUGUAUGUCUUCGGACUUUAAUUUCAAUGUAUUUGUAGACAAAUUAAUAAAUGAUUUAUUUCCGUUUCAGCGAAAGCAAAUUAAUCGAAAUCGGGUUGCCCAAUGAACAGUCCAAAGCUCUAAAUUUAAGCCAAUCGGACGCUUCCGUUCAAAGACGAUUUUUGUUGUUAUAGUUUCCACCUCUGUAUUAGGUAAAAGGUAUUUAAUGUUAGUGUCAAUUGAACUUAAACACACGUAUUUUGUCAUUAAGACUAAUAAAGAUUACGAGGUCUUAAGGUACACUCUAGUGGAAUAGGACUGAAUAGUAUUUCAAAAUGGACUUUAUAUCAUGAGUGCGGGGUGCAGAAAAUGAACUUUAAAAGAAAAAUAUAUUUAAUAUCUAUACGUUGAAUGACACGUUGUCUUACAGUUUUGUGGACCUUACCUACAUGUACUUUGCUAGUUUUGUAUUUCAUUCUUGACCCCUUAUGUGCAGUUAAACAUGUACGGAUGUCAAAUGCUCAUCUAUGCUCAUAUUAUCAACUAUUUAAGGAGUUCUUUUUCAUGUAAUACGAAUCCCACUUUGAAGAAAGCCUCGAUAAGCUACUUUCUUAUCAGUGAUAUGACUUAAUUUUCAUUGUUCUUUGCUGUUUUGGAAAUGGGAUGGAUACUGUGUUGCAUGGUCAUCCUUUUAGCCAAAGGUAACAACGGACUCCUAUGUUACUCAUGUAAAGACGUGUCGAAAAAUGAAACAUGUCUAAAUGUGACACAAUGUCCCACUGCAGAGGUAUGUUACGGAAGAGCCGACGGUUUUCAUACUGGUGAAGUAAAACACACGUUUGGCUGCACAAGGGGCUUGGCUGUGCCAAUGCCAGUUGGAAACACAACACUCUCAUUUUGCAGCUCCCUCUGCCAUGAGAACUUUUGUAAUUUGAAUGAAUGCCGUUCAGGUACAUAUAAAACUAUCAAUAUUUAA